ACCUCAAGAUAGUAAUUUUAAUAAAGGUCGGAUAAUAGUGUCGAGAAAAAAUGUCGUUGGCGGCAGUAUUAUUAGUGCUGCUUCAAUAUUUACUUGGUACAUCGGAGAGCCUUUUCACGCCUGGCCUUGCAGCGAGGACGUUCGCUUCGUCCUUCCAAGGGAAUGGGUACAAUUUCGUUGCAACCAAAGCGCCGGGCGCUUACAGCAACGUAUCGCCGGCAAAAAUUAUCUUACGCGACGGCUAUCCAUCGGAAACCCACACGGUCACUACCGAGGAUGGAUACAUUUUGACGGUCUUUCGAAUUCCCGGAUCCGUCCACUCGCCUCCCGUAUUCUUGCAGCACGGCCUGCUCGAGAGCUCGGCGGACUGGUUAAUUAGCGGGAAAAAUAAAUCUCUAGCUUACAUUCUAUCCGAUAAUGGAUAUGACGUGUGGAUAGGAAACGCCAGGGGAAAUACUUUUUCCAGGAAGCAUCGCUACCUCUCGCCCAAUGACCCGCGCUACUGGAAUUUCACUUGGUCGGAGCUAGGAAAGUACGAUCACCCGGCGGUGUUUACUCACAUAUCGAAAAUCAACGGCCAACCUUUGGUAUACAUUGGACAUUCGAUGGCCGGAUCGACUUUUUCCGUCAUGGCUAUCGAGCGACCCGAUAUCGCCAGGAGGUUUAAGGCUUUCAUUGGCUUGGCUCCCGCCACUUAUGAGUAUCACGUGAGGGCACCGCUGCGCUACUUGGCCCCUUUCUGGCGACAGUUUCAGCAAAUAUGCUACAAAUUGGGGAUUUACGAGUUCUUGCCGCACGCGAAAAUCUUCAACGUCUUGGCCAAGCACAUUUGUCAACAAAGUCAACUGCAAGAAGCUCUCUGCACCAAUCCGUUAUUUUUAAUCGCCGGCCCUAAUCCAACGCAAUUAAACACGACUCUCUUGCCGCACAUAUGGAGCAGCUUUCCGGCCGGCACCUCGGUUAAAUUGUUCACCCACUGGCUGCAGCAAAUGGUCGUGAACGAGUUCAGCAAGUUCGAUUACGGGCCAGCGAAAAACCAAGAGGUGUACGGAACGGCCAGGCCGCCCAAGUACGAUCUGUCCAAGGUCCAAGUGCCGUCCGCCGUGUUCUGGUCGAAGAACGACUGGCUCGUUCCUGGCGAGGACGUGAGACACUUUUACGAGCAACUGCCGCUGAAAAUGGGCAUUUACAAGGUGCAAGACUCGACCUAUAAUCACUUUGACUUUCUGUGGGCUCCCAGCGCUCCGGAAAUGGUUUACUCGAAAAUUUUGGCUCUGCUGGAUCGGCUGGAUCUUCGGAACAAUCAGUUGUACUACUAAGAAGUGAACGAUCAUUGGACGCGACGAAAGUGUGAUCUGUGAUAUUUCGACGGUCGACGGCUUUACUGCAACAAUGAAUUCUUAAAGCUGCCAUAAUUAAGAAUUCAGACUUUGUAUGAUAAUAGCUUUAGUAAAAAAUAAUCUGUACAUAAACAUUAGU